AUGGUUAUUUGGCUAGGAAGUGGGUGUGCCCAUGGAGACAAAGAUCCAGAUUCAAAUCCACCAUUUGUGAUUGUUGCCGCUGGACAAGUGGAAGUGGUGCUCGAACUCGAACUUGAGGAGAUACGGGUAGAGAAUGAAGAUGGGGCAGCAGAGGAAAUCGGUAGAAUCGAGGAGGAUUCAGCUGAGGAGGAGAAUAAUGUACUGCUGGGGAGAUCAGAGGUGGUGGAUGAACUCUGGAUUUCGCUGGUGGAAGCGGCUGAAGUGGUGGGGAGCACAGAAUUUGGAAUAGUGCUGGAUUCUGAAGCAAUUGUCGAAGAGAAUUCGGAAGUCGUAGAAGCCAAAGAGAUUGAAGAUUCUACACUACUGGUUGGUACAACACUGGUGAGAGCUGUUUCAGAAGUUGAUAUAGCGCUGGAUGAGAUCGAUGGCUCAACAUUGGUUGGUACACCACUGGAAGAUAUUGAAGAAACGGCGGAUGAACCGGUUAAAAUGCUUGAAGAAGUUUCAGAAAUUGCAGAAGUGCUAACAGCUCCACUUGAUGAAACUAUACCGCUGGAGGAUGCUAUAAUCGAAGAUGCGACAUUCGAAGAUACGGCACUUGAGGAUCCGACAUUUGAAGUCGUUGCAGGAACUUCUGAGGACAGAAGAAUACUGGAGCUAACUGUUGCGGGUUGA